AACAGUUUUCCCGGGAACGCGAAGCGUGUUGAACGUCUCAAUUUGAAGGCAGCAGCGGCCAAAAGUUAAGCCACAAAAAACAAAUUUAAAUGUGAAUAGAAAGUUUAUGGUAGUGAAUAACGGUUAAUAAGUAAAUCGUUGAGCAGUUAAUGCGCGAAAACUAAAAAACCAAAAAACAAAAAAAAAAAAUCUGAGUUCUGUUAAAAAUUUUUGUGAUUUAUUCCAAAUACUGUGAGUUGCUCAAUGAAGUGAAUGGCGGAGAUGCAGAGAUAUUUUGAUACAAAGGAUAAGCAAAUAAAAAGCGGAUAAUCUAACGGCACAGUAAGAAUACAAAUUACAAACACAAGUUUUUAGCAAAACCAAAAAACAAAAUAAAAAAAUAAAACUGAAGGCAUGAAAAACGCGCUCUGUAUGCAGGCAAUAUUUUGAAAAUACCAGCAAGAAAGCAAAAAAAAAACAAAAAAACAAAAAAAUAAAAGCAAACGCCUCCUAAUGUGAAUUGCAAAUUUUCAAUGACAACAACUUCAAUUGUUUACAAAAGCAACAAUCAAGGUUGUACGUAUCAGCCACCUCACAGAGCGCAACCAAGUUGAAGGGCGUAGCUAAGGAAGGAAGCGUUGCAACAUUUUUGCGCCCGGAAAUUGCCUAAAUACUUUUGUGCCCAUUAAAAUGUUGGUACAAUAGGAAAUAUACACAUUUACAUAUUUCUGUGUACCGGCAGCAAAGAGUAAAACACAACCACAUUAACUUAUAAGUACUAUAUAAAUAUACAUAAUCCAGCACUUUCUGGCAGUUUUGUUGGAGGAAAAAAAAUUGUGGCAACAAAUAUUUGUGAGAAAAGCGGCGUUGGCCAACAGCUACCAACCACCAACCUCCAACUCCAGCUACCAGUAACGUACCAUUUCUUCGCCGGGUAAGCAACUGGAGUAUACCACAAGCGACUGAGGCUCGACAUUUCCUCCCACCACAUCAAAAAACAGACAACGUUUUAGGAGGAUAACAGAGAUAAAAAUCAAAGCCAGAGAAACAAAAAAUUAAGGAAUUACGCAAAAGCUGGCAUGAAAAGCUGAAAAUUCACGCACAUCCUUACGGAAGUGGUGAAUGCAAAUAUUUAGUUAAAUAUUUUGGCCAAACACAUGCUUUGAAUGCUCGGCAGCUACGGUUACGUGAGUAAAUUUGUAUGCGUAUGUGUUGGAAUCUUAUUCCCCCAGCAGCGCUGCAAUUUGUAAAAUAACCGGCGGGCUUCUUUCACUGUUGCAAAUUAUCACGAAUAUAUUUUAUGCAAAGUAUGGUCCAAGCAACACCUGAAGCCGAGUGAACAGAGCGAAGAGACUUACAUAUUUCAAAGGAGGUAUAACAGAGCGACCGCAGGGGACGACAGACCGAGUGAAAAAUUAUCAACUUCAAGACGCGCAAGCUGCUUGAUUUAUAGCGUUUUGCGAAAUACGAGUGCGACAGCAAGUUAACUACAUUUGCUGCAGCUACACCAACAUCAACAACAAGAACAGCAAUUCACCAAACAUUGAAACACAGCCAAGCACCGAGCAGCGCUCAACUCACUCGAAAAAUCACCCAAAGCCAUAAAAGACACAAGAAACGCUGAGUUCGUUAUUACGAAUAAGAAAAGAAAACUUAUGCAAGUGAAGAAUACGAGAAAGAGACACUUUGUUUUCGUGUUGCAGUAGCGCAGCAGCGCAUCUUGAAUUGCAUUGCACGGCACUUCUUCAACAACGACACACAUCAGCGCAGUUCAACACAAUUCCAGGCACGUCUCUGCAAAUAUCCGCGAGCGCGCCGUAGGCACUCCUCAAUCCUAUUGUCGACACUCAGCAUCUGCUCUACAAGCAGUCCAAGAAGCAAUCGUCAGCAUUUAGUAUAUCGGCGCAGCGAACGCAGCAGACACCAGCUUCCCAUCCACUUUCGCGGACCACUCACUCCAAACGCCCCGCCAAAAUGCGCGGCCGCCACCUACGUAGGCGCUUCAGCUUGCAGCCGUCAUUUAUGAAGGACGACAGUGCUGACGAUAAACCGAAGCGAGUCAAAGUUGGACGCAACAAUGCCGUGGAUGACGCCAUUGGACCAGCAAACGCACGUCAUAAAAUCGUUGUUAUGGGUGCGGCUAAAGUUGGCAAAACCUCUAUAAUCACACAAUUUCUAUACAACACAUUUAGCACCAAAUACAAAAGGACCAUCGAGGAAAUGCAUCAAGGCAACUUUUCAAUUGCCGGCGUUAGCCUGACGCUGGACAUUCUAGAUACGGCCGGCUCCUAUGAGUUUCCUGCUAUGCGCGCCCUCUCCAUUUCAUCGGCAGAUGCUUUCAUUCUGGUCUAUGAUGUCACCGACGCGUCCACAUUCGAGGAGAUUCGCAUGAUACGCGACCAAAUACACGAGACCAAAGCGACAACAGCUGUGCCCAUUGUGGUGGUUGGCAACAAAAUUGACCUGGUCGCUGAGAAGGAUGAUGGGCGGGAGGUUGAAUAUGCCACUACAGAAUCGGUGGUCACCUUAGAUUGGGAGAAUGGUUUUGUUGAAGCAUCUGCGGCCAAAAAUGAAAACGUAACACAGGUUUUCAAAGAGCUCCUCUCACAGGCAAAAAUCACGUACAAUCUAAGUCCAGCAUUACGACGACGCCGGCAAUCGUUGCCACAGCAGGUGGGCAAUAAUGGAGCAGGCACCCCAACACAUCAUCAUCAUCCACAUGUAGCAAACACCUCGGCGGCGGGCAGCGCUCACGGAGCGACAUUACCGGCGCACGCACCAACUGCGGCGCAACUGCAACACUUGCAAAGGAUACAGGAACGCAGUUUGGGUAGCAAACGUAACUCCUGCACAAUAUCCUAAAGUCAAUAAGCAUGGACAGAAAAUGCACGUACACGCACACACGCACACACACACUCGCACGUUUCCCAUGUGACAUAAAGUGCGAAUAGGAGGCAUUGGCGAAUAGGCACGUAAAAAUUAUUGCAGUGCAGUUGCAGCUAGCAAAGCUUAUCAAAUAUAUGCGGAAGCGAACAUGUGGUUGUGAGUGGCCAGUGGGUGCGUGUAUGUGUGUGUGAGCGAGUGCAUUUGUAUUAGGGAACAGAGUUAAACUAAAUAUUAGGGGAAAUAUUAAGUAUUCAGAAAUAAGUAUGCAACUACGAGGUUCACAGAUAAACACAUACAAACAUAAAAUUCCAUAUGCAGGUUAUUGCCUAUUCGAAAUUCGAACUCUGUUAAGGGGUUAGCUAAGCGUUAUUUGCCACAAAUUUGAUUUGACCAACUAAAUGUGCCAAAUAUCAAUGGUUGUCGAGUUAGAGCAGAUUUAGAUUAUUAUUUGCUUUGCUUGGACUUUUGACUGAAAUCUGA